AUGGUGGUUUUUAUCAAUGUAAGACUGAUUAAAGUGGAACGGGAUUGCUAUAUCCUGAGAGCAGAAGAUGAUAGUUCUGACUAUGAAGUGCCUAUAUCGGCUUUCGAUUUGAAGGACGGAUUAAUCAUCCCUGUUGCAGAAGAUACAUUUUUGAAGUUGAAUCUCCUUGGGACAGGUCAGGCCACGGCGAGGGCCACGGAUACACCGGAAAAAGAAAAUAAUUGCAGUGGAAGUCCAUCAAAUGGAUUACCAAAGAUAUCUCCACUCAUAACACCUACUUCAACAAAAAAGAAAUGGUUAAGUGCACCCGUGAAAAAUCUCCUUUUCCAUUAUGGAGAACACAGGCCUCAAUUUUCAAGCACUUCCAUAAGAGCAGAGGAAGUGUGGAAAAAGAUCCACGAAAAGAUGGCUGGAGACGGUUUUCAUUUUACUUCAGAGCAAAUAAAAACAAAAUUCAGCAAAUUAAAGCAGCAGUACAUGAAAGUGAAAGACAAUAAUUUACAAACUGGUGUAGCUCCUAUGGAUUUCCAGUGGUUGGAGGAAUUCGACGCAAUUUUUGCUAAAAACCAUAAUGUGGAACCAGUGGCAACUGCAAGUUCUCUAACAUUCACACCAUUAGCUGCAAAACCGACAAGUAGCACCAGCGUAAUUCCAAAACAUUCAAAAAAAAUUAACACUGAAAAAAUUAUAGAAAACAUCGAAAAAAUGAGGCAGGAGCGGGCAAAUCGACAACAUGAAAGGAAUGAAGAAAGAAGCAUCGAGCGACGAGAGAUAUUGAAUGAGCUCCGUAGAGGGAAUGACCUUUUUGAAAAAGUGUUGGAAAAGUUUGCUGAGAAAAAAUAG